AUGGCUCGUGCUGGGCUGAUGCCAGCUGUCUGCUUCCCCGGGCACAGCGGGACUGAGAAGAAUUUGCCAGCUUCCUUGGGGGACAGCCACAGCCUGAAGGUUGGGAUUAUCAGUGGGGGCCACCUUGGGAAGCAACUGGCCCAAGCGCUCCUGACACUGAGCUGGACCUGUGCCCCAGUAUCUCUUUCCACCAGGUGCCCCAAGAGCCUGGCAGACCUGCAGAAGGAGGGGCUUGUGUGCUUUUAUGACAGCGCUCAGCUGGUGGCCUGGGUGGACAUUGCAUUCCUCUGCUGCCUCCCGUCGCACAUGUCGUCCAUCUGCUCCGUGUUUGUUGCCAUCCAGAAACGCUGCAUUUUGUACAGUCUCGCACUGCCGUCCCUCUCCUCAGUGCAGCCCGGGCUCCCUGGGAGCAUCCCCUUCCCUCCCCGGGACACUCAUUUCGGUGCCCCCACUCACAGGCUGAAGGAACUCCUUCGCUGCAGUGCCAGCGUGAGGCCGCAGUCCUGGUGCUCUGGCCAAGAGCCCACUGACGAGUAGGGGGUGAGGGGGCAGCCCAGUGGAGCUUUCUGUGUACCUGCUACCAUUUCCCUUCGUGAAACAAUAGUAGCUCUGAGGCUAAAUCAGGUAAAUGCUGAAUGGCUGGUGGCCAUUUUCUAUGCAGCCCUGAACAGCAGCACGUGGCAGAGCCUGCCUCACCAGAAGGCACUGAAAUUAUUUGUGUGCAAGACUUUUGCCAGCAAAGGUUUUGCCUCUUCAGUGACUCAAGCGGAAGCCUUCUCCUGGUUUGACCUGACAGAUGCAUAAGUGUGAAAGUCUCCCUUUAGCCAGCUGCUAGAAAACAGUGAGCUUGUCCGGUGCCAUCUUGCUAUACUACACCAGGAAUCCUUUGGAGACUGGCCUACAAAGCAACGUGGGCUGAUCAGUACCAAGACAUCUACUUCAACUGUAGUGGAGCCUCGUGUGAUGUUGGAUGACAACUCUGUCGCUGCUUCCGACAUUUUCUCAGAAAUUCCAGAGGAAACUGCUGACUCUGAUUCUAAAUCCUCAUAA